UUGUUCGUCCCGUGUUGUCUCUAUGAGUGUGUGUAUACGUUUCUCUAUCUAGAGUUUGUGUGUUUCAUCUCUCUCUCUCUCUCUCUAUAUAUAUAUAUAUUGUGUAUGUAAGGGUGUGUGUGUUGCGAUUGUAAUUGUUAUUAUUAUUAUAUGUGUUGGAAAGUUGGGAAAAAUAACGGCAUAUUCUCCGCUCUAUCUUUUUUCCUUUCUCUCUCAGUCACUUUUUAGUUAUUUCCGGAGAGAAGUCCUGGAAACAGCGUAUUGAUGAUAGUCUUGAAUUUCAUCCACAUUCGGGAGGAAUUUGGAGAAAACCCAUGUAGUUUUUGUUGUGUUCACGGAUCUUCAUCGUUUCUGUAAUUCUGUCUCGUUUCUCUCUCUCUCUCUCUCUCUUUCAGACACGCGAUAGCUGGAAUUCAUCAUGAUUUCUUGAACCCACCCACCCAGAUUUUAAGGGGAAAAGGAGGAAUCUUUCAUGCAAAAUUUUCCCAUUUCUUGAUUUUUUUUUCAUCAGUUACUUGAGUGAAUAGCACGAUGGUGGUGAAAAUGAUGAAGUGGAGGCCAUGGCCGCCUCUGAUUUCGAAGAAGUAUGAAGUGAAACUCACGGUGCUGAGGCUUGAGGGUGGUGACUGGGUGGAUGAGGUUGCGGAAAAGGAUAACGGUGGUCUCGCGGUGGAGAUCAGGUGGAAGGGUCCCAAGAUUUCGCUGGGGACAUUCAGGAGGACUGUGAAAAGGAACUGUACUAGGGAGGAGAAUUUGAGGAGGAUUGAUGAUAGGCCAAACGGCGGCGUUUUGGUGGAGUGGGAUGAAGAGUUUCAUAGCGUCUGUAGCCUUUCUGGCUACAAGGAAAAUGUUUUUCAUCCUUGGGAGAUCAACUUCUCUCUUUUGCAUGGUUUGAAUCAGGGCGCAAAGAAUAAGAUUUCCGUUGUUGGUUUGGCAGCCCUCAACCUUGCUGAAUAUGCUUCCAAGACGGAGGAACAAGUGAUGGAAAUCAAACUUCCUUUAAUGCUUUCUGGCAUUGUGGCUGAGCGUCAUCUGUCACUCUAUGUAUCUCUUGGCUUGCUGGAACUUAGAGGUGCACAACCACUAGAGGUGGUGCAAAGUCCAGUAAUGCCUCUUCCGUCCCCUUCAGCAUCUGGAGAUACUUCUGUAGAGAAAGAUGAGGUAUCUGCACUUAAAGCUGGUCUGAGGAAGGUAAAAAUAUUUACUGAGUAUGUAUCAACUCGAAGAUCUAAGAAAGCUUGUCGUGAAGAGGAGGGUAGCGAGGGCAGGUAUUCUUCCAAGAGUGAGGAGGAUGAAUAUACUUACCCCUUUGAUUCGGAGUCACCUGAUGAGUUUGAGGAAGGAGAAUCUGAUGAAGGCAAGGAGGACUCUGCUGUUAGGAAGUCAUUUAGCUAUGGGACAUUGGCGUAUGCUAAUUAUGCAGGUGUGUCGUGUUAUUCCAGUUCUAGUAUCAAUAAUGAGGAUGAAGAUUGGAUUUAUUACAGCAACCGCCCUACAUCAGAUGCCGGCUGCUCUCAUGUAGAUGACCCAAUUUCUACAAUUCCUGAACAGCAGUUGAUACAUAAUUCUAAGCGUAGUAUUCUGCCUUGGAGGAAGAGGAAGCUGAGUUUCAGAUCUCCUAAAGCUAAAGGAGAGCCCUUACUUAAAAAGGGUUAUGGUGAAGAAGGUGGAGAUGACAUAGAUUUUGACCGCAGACAGCUGAGCUCCGAUGAAUCUCUCUCUUCUGGGCAACUUAAAGAUGAGGAUUCAAAUGCAAAUCGAUCAUCAGUUUCUGAGUUUGGUGAAGAUAAUUUUGCUGUGGGAACCUGGGAGCAGAAAGAAAUAACAAGCCGUGAUGGACAUAUGAAGAUUCAGGCACAGGUCUUUUUUGCAUCCAUUGAUCAGAGAAGCGAGCAGGCUGCUGGUGAAAGUGCUUGUACAGCCCUUGUCGCCGUUAUUGCUGAUUGGUUGCAGAAUAACCACAAUCUCAUGCCCGUAAAGUCACAGUUUGAUAGUUUGAUCAGAGAUGGCUCCUUGGAAUGGAGAAAUCUUUGUGAGCAUGAUAUUUACCGGGAGCGCUUUCCUGAUAAGCAUUUUGAUCUAGAGACUGUCCUCCAAGCUAAAGUUCGUGAUCUUUGUGUAGUUCCUGAGAAAUCGUUUAUCGGAUUUUUCCAUCCAGAUGUUAUGGAAGGUGAAAAUUUUGAUUUCUUGCAUGGAGCCAUGUCCUUUGACAAUAUUUGGGAUGAGAUUAGUCGUUCAGAGAGUUCCAACGGUGAAGCCCCUGUUUUCAUCGUCAGUUGGAAUGAUCACUUUUUCAUCCUCAAGGUUGAAGCAGAUGCUUACUACAUUAUCGACACAUUGGGGGAACGACUACAUGAAGGAUGCAAUCAGGCUUACAUACUGAAAUUUGACAUCAACACAACUAUCUAUAACCUUCCGAGCACUAGCCAAUCAUCAGAAGAAAAAUCUGUAGGCGAGCAGCACACUUUUUCUGAAGACUCCAAAGACGGGAUCGUGGUGACACACCCCGAAGAUUCAACAAAGAAAGAAAAGGAAGAAGAAGUUGUUGUUUGUCGAGGUAAAGAAUCGUGCAAAGAGUACAUAAAGAAUUUCUUGGCUGCAAUUCCAAUUAGAGAGCUGCAGGCAGAUAUCAAGAAAGGUCUGACAAUGUCAACCCCUCUUCAUCACCGGCUACAGAUAGAGUUUCACUACACACAACUACAAGAACCUGCACCUGCAUCUUGUCCCCCAAUAGCAGUAACAUCCACAGCACAAGCAGUUGAUGUUGCAAUAUCCGAGGUUGCUGCCUAAAGACUUAACCUAGGAACUGGUAACUGUAUAUUUGAGUAGUGUGAUUAUACCUAACUUUUAUUUUCCUUAGACAUGGUAGUUGUGGGGUGAACGGGCUGGCUAAAUAUCAAUCCCGUUUCAUCUUCUAAGUUGUUGUCUUUGCUUUUGUGAUAUAACCUUUUACAGCGAUAGUAUGUCAAUCAAUGCACCAAUGCCCUCUAACAACGUUAACUUGGUGCUACUUAUUUUAUAUAACCUAUUGUUGCCAGCAUUGGGUGCUACCCAUCACAUUGGUGUUUAUAGUUCCUAAUCACUAUAUUUGUGGCUACAUGUUGAGUCACCUUCUAUUCUGCAA